AGUAACAUGUCAACAUCAACAAAAAUUUGAGAUAAGAUUUUAAAAUUAGCAAUUUCGUCCAACAUCAAAAUGUUUAUUUACUUAAGUAAAAAGAUUGCCAUUCCCAACAACACAAAAAUAAAUGCGAUCGCUUGGAAUAAACAGGAUGGUUAUAUAGCUGUUGGUGGAGAAAAUGGGUUAUUAAAAGUCUUAAAAUUGGAUUCAGUCAGUGACAAUGAAGGAGGUAAUAAAAAUCGUGGUUUGGCAGCAACAAGUAAUUUGUCAAUGAACCAAACUUUAGAGGGGCACAGUGAAAGUAUACAAGUUUUAAUUUGGAAUGAAUCUCAUAAAAAACUAACAACUAGUGAUCAACAUGGCGUAAUAAUUGUUUGGAUGCUGUACAAGGGAGCAUGGUACGAGGAAAUGAUAAAUAAUCGUAAGAAGUCAACAGUUGUGGGCAUGGCUUGGAGUGCCGAUGGACAGAAAAUUUGUAUAAUUUAUGAAGACGGGGCAGUGAUUGUAGGGUGUGUUGGUGGAAAUAGAAUCUGGGGCAAAGAACUAAAACACGUACAAUUAUCUGGAGUUCAGUGGUCUCCAGAUGGAAAACUUCUUUUAUUUAGUUUAAAAAAUGGACAAGUCCAUUUAUACGACAAUCAAGGAAAUUUUGUGAUGCGUGUAAAUGUUGUUUGUCAUGAUACCAAUUAUGAACAAAUACCAAUUGUAGGCCUUGACUGGUACAAUGGCAUAAAUGGCUAUAUGCAUGCCCUUUGUCCAAACUUAGCCAUAACUUUUGAAAAUGGUAGAACACAAGUUAUGAGAAACGAAAGUGAUACAAACCCAAUUAUAAUAGACACCAGAAUGUUUGCUGUUCAUUGCAGCUGGAACCACAACGGGUCGCUUUUGGCAAUCUCUGGAAAACAAUUUGCUGAGGAAAAAGAAAUUAAUUUAGUUCAGUUCUAUAACCCAUUUGGAGAGCAUUUACGUACACUGAAAGUGCCUGGAAAUUCGAUUUCAUGUUGUGUUUGGGAAGGAGGUUCAUUAAGAGUAGCAUUAGCUGUCGACUCAUUUGUAUAUUUUGCAAAUAUUCGUCCUGACUAUAAAUGGUGCUACUUUAAGAAAACAGUCGUGUUUACUUCUUGUAGACCACACAAACCCGGAAUAUGUUUAUCAUUUUGGGACACAUCAAAUAAUCAAUGUCACACUAGGUGGGUGUCAGUACUCCUGGCAAUAGCAGGAUAUGGCGAUCAUUGCAUUGUUGCUACUAGAUCAGAAUCAGAUGAAAGUUUAGGAAAAUAUGGACUCCUGCUUUAUAAUACUUUGGGCACACCAGUGGACGGUAAAAAAAUUAAGUUUCUGUUAACAGUAAAAAAAUUUGUUACCGUAUUUGAUCUUUAUUCUUUAAAGAUAUUUUUAUUUCUUACAGGAAAAUACAUCAACAUUGAACCUUUAGUGGUUACCAUGAAUUCAUAUCAAGUUUUUGCGGCAUCUAAAAAUAAUUUUUUGGUGUGGCACUACAAGACACCGAAGUCUAUAACAGCUGGGUCAGCUAGAUGUAAAAUGUUUCAUAUAGAUGACAAUCCGUCAGGAGCCGUUGAAAUUAUACAGGAACUAGAUAAUGUUAAUAAAAUACAAGUUAGUAUGCAUGACACGAUAGAUGCAAUAUGCUGUAUUACAGCAACAGAUAAAUGCUUGAUUAUUGGGAGAGAAUCUGGAUUAAUACAAUACUACGCUUUACCGCACAUUGUUUUAACGAAUCGAUAUAAAAUUAGCACUCGACCACACAAAAUGUCCAUUAACUGCAACUCUACGCGACUUUCUGUAAUUGACGUGUCUGGAGUUAUGUCAGUAAUCGAUAUAUCAGAAGGAGUAGGUAGACCAACGACAAGCACGGAAGGGAACAAAUUAGAACGUAAAGAUGUUUGGGCAAUGUGUUGGGCUUCGGAUAAUCCGCAAUUAUUAGCAAUAAUGGAGAAAACAAGGAUGUACAUUUUUAAGGGCAUCUAUCCUGAAGAACCCGUCGCUUGUUCAGGAUAUAUUUGUAGUUUUAAUGAUUUGGAGAUACAAGCAGUAUUGUUAGAUGAAGUAAUGGACACUCCGGAAAAACCAAGUAGUGACCACAUUAUUAAGUUAGAAGUAAAAAGUUUACGGGAUACAAGACAAUUACUUGAAAAAGUCGGGAUAAAUGAAGCUUGUCAGUUUGUUGAAGAUAAUCGUCAUCCACGGUUAUGGAGACUUGUCGCAGAAGCUGCUUUAAAGGAAAUGAACUUGACAAUGGCUGAUGCUUGUUUUGUUAGAUCAAAAGAUUACUCGAAGGUUUUAUUUGUGAAAAAACUUGGAGAUAUCAAUAAUGAAGCGAUAAGAAGAGCUAGGAUUGCUACGUAUUUUAAAAAUUUUGACGAGGCCGAGAAAAUAUAUAUGGAAGCAGAUAGAAGUGACUUGGCAUUAAAUCUACGACAAACAUUAGGCGACUGGUUCAGAGUUAUACAAAUUUUAAAAAAUGGCGUUACUGCACCAGACUAUCUUUUAAAAACAGCAUAUAAUUCAACGGCCGAUUACUUUGCACACUUUAAUAAUUGGGCAUCGGCUAUCGAGUAUUACGAAUUAGGCAGAAAUACAACAAAAAUGAUUGAAUGCUACUACCAUCUAGAAGACUGGAAAAAUUUAGAAGGUAUGAUUGACAAAUUACCAGAAGGUGAUCCACUUUUAGAAAAAAUUGGUGAUAUGUUCGCAGCAAAUGCUGUUCAUAAUGAAGCUGUUAAAGCUUACGUUAAGCUGGGCAAAGUAAAGUCAGCUAUUAACUUAUGCAUAAUGCAUAAUCGAUGGGAUGUCGCAAUAGAUUUGGCAAAGAAAUUUAACAUUUCGAAGAUAUCGGAUUUACUUAUGAAGUAUACUAAUCAUUUAGUCGAACAAGGGCAAGUUAUGAAUGCUAUACAAAUGAAUGUUCAAGCUAGAUAUUAUUUGCAUGCAGCUGAACAUGCCUAUAAACUUGCCGAAUGUGAGGCUCGAAAAAGCGAUAAGAACCUUUUGAAGGUAAAAAAAUUUUAUGUUUACGCGGCUAGACUGGUAGAACUUCAUAAAAAGUCACCUAACUCUAGUGAAUGGCAAUCUUCAGAUCCCCUAUUCUAUGAAACAGCUUGGAAAGGAGCAGAAGCUUAUCAUUAUUAUAUGUUGGCGCAACGACAACUUUACAGUGGAAAAUUACACGAUGCAUUGUGUAUCGCUUAUAAGCUUCAAGAUUACACCGAUUUUAUACCCGAGUCAGAUGUCUACGCAUUACUGACACUUACAGCUUGCCUCGAUAGAUCAUUCGGAAUCUGUUCCAAAGCUUUAAUGAAAUUAAAAAGUCUAAAAAACUUGUCAGCCACGGAGUACAAUCAUUACAACAAAUUGGCUUGGGAUAUAUUUAGGCAGAAUGAACCGGUCAAUGUCAAGAAAAAGCUUUUAAAGUGCGACAAUUGUGACAAUGUUAUACAAGAUUGGUGUACUAUUUGUGGACACUGUAAAGUUCAUUUUCCAACUUGCAUCGCUUCUGGCCAGUCGAUUGUAGGGGCACCAAUUUGGUUCUGCCAGUCAUGUCGACAUCCAGCUGUCGAAAGAAAGAUGUCAUUCCAAAAUGCAUGCCCGCUGUGUCAUGCAAAAAAUGAACGUCAGUAAACAGUUAAAUGUAUUAUACAAUUUCGUUCUUAAAAAUAAUUAUUUAUAUGCAAUGAG